AUGAUCGAUCUAUCGAUCGAUCGAUCGAUCUAUCUAUCUAUCUAUCUUAGUUUCAUAUCUAUAUCUAUCUAUCUAUCUAUCUAUCUAAGUGUGUUCAUAUCUAUCUAUAUCAAUUCAUACCUAUCAAUCGACCCAUCUCUCACAGUUCAUAUCUAUCUAUCUAUCUAUCUAUCUAUCUAUCUAUCUAUCUAUCUAUCUAUCUAUCUAUCUAAGUGUGUUCAUAUCUAUCUAUAUCAAUUCAUACCUAUCAAUCGACCAAUCUCUCACAGUUCAUAUCUAUCUAUCUAUCUAUCUAUCUAUCUAUCUAUCUAUCUAUCUAGCUAUCUAGCUAUCUAUCUGUGUUCAUAUCUAUCCAUAUCAAUUCAUACCUAUCAAUCGACUAAUCUCUCACAGUUCAUAUCUAUCUAUCUAUCUAUCUAUCUAUCUAUCUAUCUAUCUAUCUAUCUAGCUAGCUAG